AUGCGUAAUAUGACGACAAGGUCAAGGCUUGGUGUGCAUUGUUCGAAAAUGUCAGCAGAUGGUGCUCUUCAUGAGUUUCUUGCACGAGAGAAAGAAGAAUUGCGCGGGUUAGAAGAUGACUUAGAUUUCACACCAAACGGUGAAAAUAAUGUUGCUGAACACCUUCAAGUAGACGAGGAACCGGAGUGCAUAAAACGUUGGGCCAUAAGUUUUAAGAAGCGGAUAGAGGUCAAAGACGAUGCUGAACGUAAAAACAUGUUCAUGCUAGAAGAACAAGGACUCAAAGAUUUGCAUGAAUGGGCACUUCAGUACCGCGAUUCUCUUGCUCGAGGACAAAAACUCAGCCGCGCUCAUGAUAAAGAACUUCAUAGUGCUCAACAAAAAGCUGCCGAAGCAUCAGCCAUAAUGUCACAGGUGGAUGCUGGUCAAGCUGUUUUGUGGGAAAAAGUUUGCCAGUUGUGUAAUUUCGUCACUUCUGCUAAUGAAGAAAUAACAAACGUUCACACCGUCCCAAUAAAUACAAAGGACAAUCAACGAGACUUGAACAGGAUGCGUGUGCUUCUUCUGCAAUUGAAGAAGAAUCCUCCAGCAGUACAAUCUAAAAUCCGAUCCCAUUAA